AUGAGACUCACGCACCCAUUCAUUCAGCUCUUGGCGCUGUGCGAGCUGACAUUGUCCUCACCAUGCAAGCCUUCUUCUCCGACUGCCAAUUCCAUUACCUCUACCAGUGCCUCCAGCUCUGGUCAUGCUGAGACGGCCAGUACAGACAUAUUGUCGACAACCUCCAUAACGACAGAGUCUGCUACAUUUACGGCCUUGUCUUCCAGUAUCCUUUCCGUAGGGACCGAGUCUGUCACAUCGACAACUGCGCCCUCAUCAGCUUCGGCUAUAGAAACAAAAACAGAAAUAGAAACAGAAUCGUCAACCAUAACCUCCUCUGAGACAACAACUAUUGCCGAAAGCGCCACGCUAUCUAAGCCCUCAGUCUCUACGACCUUAGCAGUAACUUCAAUUGAGACAUCAAUUAGUGAGGCACCCGCGACGACGACAUCUGUUAAGCAGCAAGCCACCAACUUAAUUCGCAACCCUGGUUUUGAAGACCCUACCUUUGCGCCCUGGAAGACAGAAAAGGUCGCAAAUCGCGGGUGGCUAUCAAUUCACAGCGAUACAUCUCGCCCAGGAUCACUCCAGUGCGGCGUUUUCGAUUCUUCAGUGCCGCCUACAGGACUCACGCGCAGGCUUAUCCAACCGUAUGACUGGUCCGUCACACAAGAUAUUGACCCUUCCAAGAUCACCGUCGGAAAAGAGUAUCGCUUUUCAAUUUUUCAAAAGACCACAGCGUCUAGUGCUUGUACGGUCCAGAGGUUGGGAUGUGGUGCAGGCCCAUCCGACGCUGGUUCGGGCUCGUUUGGGGGGCCCUUGGAUACAUGGGCUUUGGGAGCUGUUAGCUGCACUUGGAAUGAAGCUCAGCUUGAUGCUGGACCCUAUGUUUAUGUGAGCAUGAUUUGCGCUUCUGUGACUUUCUCUCUUGACGAUGCUGUUUUGAUAGAAAGAGAUGCAUCGCCGUAUUGA